GGAAACACUCACACAGAAACAGUUUCCCUGUCUGACACCUGGCUGUUUGGUACAUUGUAAGGACUUCAAGGAUGCAGGUGGUAAUUUGUUUCCUGAUGAUACUGACACACACAUAUGCAGAUUAUCCUGCAUUAAAAACUGUUCUGUCAGAAAAGGGUCUUAGAGAUGUGUCUCAAAUGAUGGCUGUUUGGAUACAAAGCAAACUGAAGAGUACUACAAUCCCAGAGGUCCAUGGUGGGGUGGACAUUGGGAUCGGCACUGUUCACUAUGUCAUCUCAAACAUGCACAUUAGGCAGUGCAGCAUGUCAGACCCAUCAAUGGAAUUUGUAAAGGGAAAGGGUGUAUCUGUGGAAAUCAGUCAACUUUCAUUAGCCAUCACAGGCAGCUGGGCAACACAUUUUGGAAUUAUCCAUGAUGGUGGCUCAUUGGAUCUGGCUGUGUACAAUAUUAAAAUCCAGACCCUCCUGGAGUUAGGGGAUGAUACUGGCCGAGUCUCCAUCACCACCGUUUCCUGUAGUGAUGGCAUAGGAGGUGUGAACAUCCAGUUCCACGGAGGUGCUAGCUUUUUUUUCCAGCCAUUUGUAAGUUCUUUCACUGGACAAGUCUCAGAGAUGAUACAUGUGAGGAUUUGCCCAGCAAUUCAACAAGCAGUCAGUGAACUGAACAUGAAUCUACAGGAAAUACCUGUCAACAUACCCGUGGGUCAGUAUAUAUAUCUAAGCAUCCUUCUCACAUCCUCUCCGGCUGUGACAGAUCGAAGCUUUGAAUUAGAUAUUAAGGGUGAGUUUUACAGCAAAAGUUCUCCAUCUGAACCACCUUUCUCUGCAAAUGCAUUUGACGUUCAGUAUGUGGAAAACUACAUGCUUUCACUGGCUGCAUCAGAGUUCCUAAUAAAUUCAGCAGCUUAUGCAUACCUAAGUUCUGACGUUCUCCAAAUCAACAUAAAAGACAACAUGAUACCGAAGAGUUUUCCGAUCCAUCUAAACACCAGCCAGUUUGGUGCUCUCAUUCCACAGCUGCGCACAUUAUAUCCCAACAUGGAGAUGCAGGUGCACUUAUACGCCAGUAAGACGCCACUGUUCUCCUUCAGAUCAGGGACGAUAGACGUUCACGUGCUGGCUGCAGCAAAGUUCUCAGUUGUUAAACCUGAUGGCAUGCUGGUGCCUCUUUUCAGACUGGAUGUGGAUGGCAGCUUCAGUGGAAGUGCUCUGAUUGACAAGAAACACCUUACUGGAGCUUUUAACAUGAAAAAGUGAGUUACUGGGGUAGGUUGUAACACAUGCUGGGGUUACAACAACUAGACAAAAGAAGCAAAAACAGCAGCCACAUUAUGCAAUAUGCUUCAAAAUAUGGUUUAUUGAAACAAUCAAAAGGAACAAUACAAAGCAAUUUCUCACUCAAAUCCACUUUCUGUUGAAAGAGGAGUGUAUGCUUGUGAGAGUGUAUUCAACUACUAUAGAACAAAAUUCCUUAACUGUAUUUAUGCUUAAUGAACAUUCAACUGUAGUGUACCUAGGAAAAGAACAUGUAGAAAAAAAUGUAAAUAUGUGUCCAUGUAU